GCAAAAUUCAAUCUGAUAGAAUAGAGCUUUGACGUCCGCAAGGAACCCACACUCUCACUCUAAAACUCUCUCUCUCUCUCUCUCUCUCUCUCUCUCUCUCUCUCUCUCUCUCUCUCUCUCUCUAAAAGUACAGCUCAGAGCCUUAUGAGCUCUCCUCCCCUCUCCUCCAUCCGUCUCUAAUAACAGAGGACCAACACUUUACUCAACUUCACCGCUUUUCUAUUUCAAAGUGUACAUGUAAGCAUUUAUGCAAUACUCAGCCGGAUGACAGACAAUAAGUUAUCUUGAUGGAUAUCCGGCUUUUGUCUGACUCACUCUUUUACUAAUGCUAAGGGAGAAGAGCUGUACGGGUACUAUUAUAUCUAAUUCUUAUCAAUCGGGUGAAGCUUCGGCUGCUUCGCCCUGAAAUCUGCUUUCGUUAGAAAAUGCUGCCGCGAGGGGCUUCUACACCUCUUGGUAGUGCGCAGCCUGCCCCUACGUCACUGUUCCGAUCAAAUUCUAGUCUAUUGGGUGGUCAAGGAGGUUCAUUGCCGUCACAGGGCGGGUUUUCACCUAUGGUGUCUCCACGAACACAAUACGGAAACAUGAACGUAUUUGGUAAUUCUCCCAAUGUUGCAUCUCUACUGCAUCAGUCUUUUGGAAAUGGAGCUACUCAGAGGGGUCUUACUGAUAAUGGGGCUGAAACGGAUCCCUUAUCCAGCAUUGGUAACGGAAUGGGUUAUAAUACACCAUCAAAUUCCAAUACGACAUCUCAAGUUCAAGGACAACACUUUCCUAAUAGUACUGGGGACCAAAAUAUGACAGACCAACAAUCGCAACAGCUCGAUCCCCUUAAUUUCCAGCACAAUCAACAUGUUUCACAGUUUUCUAACAAUCCUGACAGUUCUCAAACACAGCAUCAACAGCAAUUUCAGUCAAUGAGAAGUGGUCUAGGAAAUGGUGCACCUGUUAAAGUGGAGCCGCAGGGCAUUAAUGAUCAAACGUCACAGCAUUUGCGAAAUCUAGCCGGAGUGAAACUGGAACCACAACAACAUCAUAAUAUGAGGAGUAUGGCAAAUGUCAAAUUGGAGCCUCAACAUUCUGACCCAUCUUUGUUUAUGCAACAACAACAACAUCAGCAGCAGCAGCAACAACAGUUUCUUCAAAUGUCCAGGCAGUCCCCUCAAGCUGCUGCUAUGGCCCAACUUUUGCAUCAGCAGAGAGUCAUGCAGUUCCAGCAGCAGCAACAACAACACCAGCAGCAGCUCUUGAAGGCUAUUCCUCAGCAAAGAACCCCACUUCAACCGCAGUUUCACCCACAAAAUCCGCCUAUAAGGUCUCCAACAAAACCUUAUUAUGAGCCUGGGAUGUGUGCACGCCGGCUGACUAAUUAUAUGUAUCAGCAGCAACACAGGCCUGAGGAUAAUAGCAUCGAGUUCUGGAGAAAAUUUGUAGCUGAGUAUUUUGCGCCAAAUGCUAAGAAAAAAUGGUGUGUCUCAAUGUAUGGAAGUGGUCGCCAGACAAAUGGUGUUUUCCCUCAGGAUGUGUGGCACUGCGAAAUAUGCAACCGUAAGCCUGGGCGUGGAUUUGAGGCAACUGUCGAGGUCCUGCCUAGACUCUUUAAAAUAAAGUAUGAAAGUGGUACUUUGGAGGAACUACUCUAUGUUGAUAUGCCCUGUGAGUAUCAAAAUUCAUCAGGUCAGAUUGUCCUGGACUAUGCCAAAGCAAUUCAGGAAAGUGUCUUUGAACAACUUCGCGUUGUUCGUGAUGGUCAGCUUCGAAUUGUAUUUUCACCAGAUUUGAAGAUAGUCUCUUGGGAAUUUUGUGCCCGUCGUCAUGAAGAGCUUAUACCAAGAAGAUUGUUGAUACCUCAGGUCAGCCAUCUAGGAGCUGCAGCUCAAAAAUAUCAAACUGCUACCACCCAAAAUGCAUCAUCUAAUAUCUCUGUUCCUGAGUUACAAAGCAACUGCAAUAUGUUUGUUGCCUCAGCUCGUCAAUUGGCAAAAGCUUUGGAAGUGCCAUUGGUUAACGAUUUGGGGUAUACUAAGAGAUACGUGCGCUGCCUUCAGAUAUCGGAAGUUGUCAAUAGCAUGAAAGAUUUAAUUGACUACAGCAGAGACACAGGGACCGGGCCUAUGGAGAGCUUAUCUAAGUUUCCUAGAAGGGCAAAUUUGUCACCUGGCACACAUGCUCAAUCUCAGCAGCACUCUGAAGAGGAUCAGCAGUCACAACAACAGAAUAUGGGUCGUCAGAACACCACUAACAAUGAUCAUACCUCUGCUUCACAGAUACAACUUGCGUCAGGAAAUGGUCUGCCAAGCGCCAACGGCCCUUUGAGCCCAGCACCCACUACCUCCUCUAGUAGUAACAUUGCCGGGCAACUUCUCCACAACCAAAACUCCUCCAUGAACAACCCUAGAGGGCACCAAACCGCCAGUCCCUACAGUGGGACCCCAGCAGCACUUCAAAUGCCUUCCCCUAGCAACUCUAAUCCUUCUCAGUUCCAUCCUCUGACUCCUCCGUCUUCUAAUAGCAACCACCCACCACAAACUUCACAUGCUUUAUUAUCAUCACACAUCAACUCUGCAAGUUCCCCAGGUGACAACAUCAUGGUGGGUGCAACAAACGAGUCCCAGAGCUCUGUGCAGAAAAUCAUAAACGAAAUGCUGAUGUCUUCUCAUCUUACGGGGAAUAAUAAUGACAUGAAAAGUGUGAAUGGGGCCUCAGGAGCAAACAAUAACUCUGCUGUGCUUAACGGCAGUGGUUGCCUUGCGGGAAUGAAUGGCAGUACAAUGGGCAUUGGAUUCAGGAACUCAGGAAGCAGCCAGGGUGGCAUGGUUCGAAAUGGAUCUGUGAAUGGUGGACGGGUAGGCAUGUCUUCCAUGGGUGUGAAUCAUCCCCAGCAACAGGAUUUCCAGGGAAAUCAACUGCUCAAUGGUCUCGGAUCUGUCAAUGGUUUUAACAAUCUUCAGUUUGAUUGGAAAACAUCUCCUUAAUUACUCGAUGUUUCUCAAGUGCUAAAGUAUUUGGCUGUGCUGUUCUUGAGUUGAGAGAGAUGAAUCAGUGGAUCAUUCAGUCGGUUACCAUAUUCUCUGUAAGUUAUUGUGGAGUAUUAUCUAAUCAUAAUGAAUAGAUAUUCUGAUGUUUGGUGUUGGUUUUCCUUGGAACGAAAGGUGUAAGGAAAAAAAGAAAGAGUAUAGUACAGUCUGGAAUGUGAAAUGUUACUAACUUUAGUUUUGUUUGCUUUUACCAAUUACGUAGCGGCUAGCUUUGAGGAGAAAAUUUUAGGACAAUUGGGUUACCACCUUUACGUUCUGUCUCUGUCCAAUCUGCAGAGCAUUAUAUAUACUCCGUAUGAAGUUAUGUACAUAAAUAUAUUCUGGUCUGGAUCAUCACUAUUUGCUGGAAGCAAUUUUUAUUGUAGAGUUCUCGA